AUGUAUAAUCGCUUCCUAGAUAUUUUAGUGUCGGGACCAUUUGAGACGGACAUAUCGAGGAAUACUGUGGCAGCUCAACUCGGAGCUGCCGACACAGUACAAGCUUCCGGCUCACCAACGACCUCUUUCGCAGUCAAGCAUCCGCAAUUGCCGGAAACUUUCGUGCAGAUUGAUGUGCAUGUAUGCUCAACAGAUACAUUUGAAUGGGAGUUCUUUCACCAGUCCUAUGGAGACCUUUGGAAUUUGCUAGGAACCAUGAUUCGUCCGUUAGGCCUGACUGCUAAUGACGCCGGAAUGCAUUUGCGCAUCGAGGAGAUCGAAAUGUCCAAUAAAAAGCGCAGUAUGCUCCUCCUUACCAAGAGUCCAACAGAGACUUUAAAAUUUCUCGAUUUAAACGAAAAGGUGUACGAAAGGGGCUUUUCCCGCGUGGAACAGAUGUUUGACUUUAUUAGAGCCUGCCGUUUCUUCGAUGUUAGCGCAUACUGCAGACACGGCCUGAAAGCAAAUGAUCGCAAAAGACUGGCGCAGAGAGAGGUUUUUCGGGAGUUUGUGGAUAAUUGGGUCCCGAAAAAUUGGCACUCGGAACUUGAUGCAUUUUCGGCCUUUGUGCCGUCGCGGCGAGAAGUUACGAAAGAAGCAUUGGACGUAUUCAAGAAAGAAGAGCAGUGCAAGGUAAUGGUUCGACAAUGGACCCAAGAGAGAUCAGAUCUUUUAAGGAGACAGGAAGCAAGGGCUAGUAGAAAGGAUGCCCUGGCUGAAGAUGAACAAUAUGUAAAUGCUUGGAGCUGCUGGCUUACGCAGAACGCGGAGCAGGAGUAA